AUUCUGGUUUUGGAAUUGUCUUAAAGGAUGCAAACAAGAGUUGGGUCCGUUGGGUCCGUUGGGUCAUUUGAGGAAGGCAAGGAUCUGGUGGUUACAACAAGGACAGGCUCUAAGACUUUGCCACUAAGGGUACUUCAGCUAUUUGGGUUGUUUCUUGCUCUCUGUAUUGCCUUUUCGAUCAUUAGUAUAUAUACAAUUCGGCAUUUUAGAAUUUAUAGUGUGGUAACUACGGUCAAGUCUAAUUUUGUGCCGUGUGAUGAGGAACCAAAUAGUUUGGAUCAUUGGAGAAAACCUCCAUUGAAUUUGCUUCACUCAAUGAGUGAUAAAGAGUUAUUUUGGCGGGCAUCUUUUAUGCCCCGAAUAAAGAAGUAUCCGUUUAAUAGGCUUCCAAAGAUUGCUUUUAUGUUCUUGACCAAGGGGCCAUUGCUGCUUUCUCCUCUUUGGGAGAGGUUUUUGAAGGGGCAUGAAGGGCUUUAUUCUGUCUAUAUCCAUUCACUGCCAUCCUUCAAUCCUGAGUUUCCUCCUUCUUCAGUUUUUUACAGGAGACAAAUACCAAGUCGGGUCUCUGAGUGGGGAAAGAUGAGUAUGUGUGAUGCUGAGAGAAGACUUAUUGCCAAUGCCUUGCUUGACAUAUCCAAUGAAUGGUUUAUCCUCCUCUCUGAAUCUUGCAUACCUUUAUACAAUUUUAGUGUCAUAUACCGCUACAUAAAGAAAUCCAAAUAUAGUUUCAUAGGUGCAUUUGACGACCCCGGGCCAUUUGGUAGAGGACGUUACACUGAUUAUAUGGCUCCUGAGGUGAAUGUGACCCAGUGGCGUAAGGGGUCCCAAUGGUUUGAAAUUAACCGAAAGCUUGCCAUCAACAUAGUGGAAGAUUUUACAUAUUACCCGAAGUUUGAAAGGUUCUGCAGACCAGCAUGUUACGUUGAUGAGCAUUAUUUCCCCACCAUGUUAACAAUUCAGGCAUCAAAUCUCUUAGCAAAUAGAAGCAUCACAUGGGUAGACUGGUCGAGGGGUGGGGCUCAUCCUGCAACAUUUGGUAGAACAGAUAUUACAGAAGAGUUCUUCAAGAGAAUAUUGGAAGGUCAUCAGUGUAGGUAUAAUGAUCAACCGUCUUCAGUUUGUUUCCUUUUCGCCAGAAAAUUUGCUCCAAGCAGUUUGGAGCCUUUGUUACAGAUAGCACCAAAAGUUUUGGGCUUCUGACUUCUACGUGAUGAAAGAAUAUAAACCUGCCUGUGCAAGAUUUAGCUCCUGAAAGCAAAAUUUGAGGUUGAGAUUGGGUCCAUGAGACUAUGGGAGCAUCCCAGGUACAUUCUUUGAUGUCAUACACAAAUGGGUGUCUUUGCUUCUUUCAUUUUUAUAAAUUUAACCCUCCUCAGUGACAUGAUGUGGUUUCUUACUUUGUACAAUCUCCUAAUUCUUUGGAAAACUCCCAAACCAUUCUGUAUGUACACAAAAACGCCCCCACUUUCACAUUUUUGUAUUGGGUAUUAGGUAUUUUGGUUUCUGCAACUCUCAAAACCCCCUCUCUCUCCAUAUUUUUGGCCAAUGAGUGAAUGACUAUGAUUUUGAGCUUUGAAUAUGGCCAUCAUGUAAAACUCAUCAUGUAAAACUUGUGACUAUGAUUGGUUUGGGAAAGGGAAUAUAAUAAUGUGAAAUUAUUUGAUACAUUGAUAUUAGAG